AUGCUUCGUAUUGACUUCCUGCGGCAUUCCAAGCGAGCUCCCCACGGGCCAUUGGCAACCUUCCACUUGUCUAUGGGAAACAGUGGAGACAUCACAGCCCGUGUCCGUGUGCUGCCAAGCAUCGAAGACUUCGGGCGCGAAAGCGUGAAUGCUCAUGCUGUCGCAAUGCCCGUGAGCUCGGGGCCGCCGUUGACUGACGAGCCCAGACCGCCGCUGCGUCUGAUGAAGUGGCAGGCUGGUCGGGACGCCAGCGAGGAGCGCCGGCCGCGACCCGGUCCAAGGGCCCGCCCUGCCCGCACUGAGCCGAAGGAGUGGAACUCGGAUGUAGACAUGCCUUUGAGUCGGGAUGCUCCGGAAGUUGUGGAGGAGCUGGACCGGACAGUACCCUCGCGCCGCAUUGCUGCACGCGUGCCAAAUCUUCUCGGCAUGGAGAGCAUCACAUCCAUGACACCGAAUCUUACAUCUCUCAGCCAAUCCCAGUAUGUCUUCCUGAAGCACAUGGCAGCCUCAGCGACAGCUCCGAGGCAGGCCCCCAUUGAGCUGGAAGACAUCGCCGUUCUCAGGACUGAACUCCGAACCCUUCGCGAGGAAUACGAAGUGCUCUCGCGAGACUUGAGGAGCACACGCCGGAGCCUGGCUUCUGCGAGAGGCCAGCGGCGGGACCUGAGGCAGAAGGUGGCAGAUCGCGAGGAAGAAACUUCGAAGAUCUACCGAGAGCUGGGAUGUGCGGAAGAGGACGUCCUGGCCCUGCAGAAGUGGCGGCAGCUUGCAAAGGAGGAGGCCAAGAAAGCCAAGGAAAUAAUGCAGGGCAUCGAGAGCGAACGUUCUGCGAGCGACCUUCGAAUCGCAGAUCUCAAGGCUGUGCUGAAGCGACAGGGCCGGCCAGACACAGCAAAGGCCUUGGAAGCGGAGGCGACGCGCAGCCGCCGGGAGGCCCUAGACGAAUACUGCGCUCGCAUGCAGCUGCUUCGGGAUUACAUUGCCGGCCGCCUGCCAAUAGAGCGCGAAGCUCUCGCAGAGUUGCUAGCGCCUGGGGACGAGCCUUCGGAGGUGGCCAAAACUAUCGACACCAACGCGGCGGAAGAUUUUCUGGAGGAGAUGAAUGCUGCGCACGCCCGCGUCAUGAAGAACCUCAUCGACACCUCUAACAGCAUUAUCGACAAGAAAAACCACACCUGGAAGCGGAUCAACAAAGGACUGUUUCUGACGAGCAUAAUGCGGCCGGAGCGCUGUGCUUUGGCGGAGCAUCCGACGAUCCGGGACGUCCUAGAUGCUGCCGAAGCACUUUGUCGGGAUCGCCAGGCGAGAAAUGCGCCGAUCCCGAGACCCAGGUCGGAGCCGCCAGAGGUCCAGGCUGAACCUGACAGGCCAGCUGACAUUCCCAAAGAGGCCUCAGAAGGCGAAAGUUCUGAGGGGCUGCCGGACGACUAG